AAUUGUCAGCACGGGAUCUGAGACUUCCAAAAAAUGAAGCCGGCGACAGGACUUUGGGUCUGGGUGAGCCUUCUCGUGGCGGCGGGGAGCGUCCAGCCCAGCGAUUCUCAGUCAGUGUGUGCAGGAACGGAGAAUAAACUGAGCUCUCUCUCUGACCUGGAACAGCAGUACCGAGCCUUGCGCAAGUACUAUGAAAACUGUGAGGUUGUCAUGGGCAACCUGGAGAUAACCAGCAUUGAGCACAACCGAGACCUCUCCUUCCUGCGGUCUGUUCGAGAAGUCACAGGCUACGUGUUAGUGGCUCUUAAUCAGUUUCGUUACCUGCCUCUGGAGAAUUUACGCAUUAUUCGUGGAACGAAACUUUAUGAGGAUCGAUAUGCCUUGGCAAUAUUUUUAAACUACAGAAAAGAUGGAAACUUUGGACUUCAAGAACUUGGAUUGAAGAACUUGACAGAAAUCCUAAAUGGUGGAGUCUAUGUAGACCAGAACAAAUUCCUUUGUUAUGCGGACACCAUUCAUUGGCAAGAUAUUGUUCGGAACCCAUGGCCUUCCAACUUGACUCUUGUGUCAACAAAUGGUAGUUCAGGAUGUGGACGUUGCCAUAAGUCCUGUACUGGCCGUUGCUGGGGACCCACGGAAAAUCAUUGCCAGACUUUGACAAGGACGGUGUGUGCAGAACAAUGUGACGGCAGAUGCUACGGGCCUUACGUCAGUGACUGCUGCCAUCGAGAAUGUGCUGGAGGCUGCUCAGGACCUAAGGACACAGACUGCUUUGCCUGCAUGAAUUUCAAUGACAGUGGAGCGUGUGUUACUCAGUGUCCCCAAACCUUUGUCUACAAUCCAACCACUUUUCAACUGGAGCACAAUUUCAAUGCAAAGUACACAUAUGGAGCAUUCUGUGUCAAGAAAUGUCCACAUAACUUUGUGGUAGAUUCCAGUUCUUGUGUGCGUGCCUGCCCUAGUUCCAAGAUGGAAGUAGAAGAAAAUGGGAUUAAAAUGUGUAAACCUUGCACUGACAUUUGCCCAAAAGCUUGUGAUGGCAUUGGCACAGGAUCAUUGAUGUCAGCUCAGACUGUGGAUUCCAGUAACAUUGACAAAUUCAUAAACUGUACCAAGAUCAAUGGGAAUUUGAUCUUUCUAGUCACUGGUAUUCACGGGGACCCUUACAAUGCAAUUGAAGCCAUAGACCCAGAGAAACUGAAUGUCUUUCGGACAGUCAGAGAGAUAACAGGUUUCCUGAACAUACAGUCAUGGCCGCCAAACAUGACUGAUUUUAGUGUUUUUUCUAACCUAGUGACCAUUGGUGGAAGAGUACUCUAUAGUGGCCUCUCCUUGCUUAUCCUCAAGCAACAGGGCAUCACCUCUCUACAGUUCCAGUCCCUGAAGGAAAUCAGCGCAGGAAACAUCUAUAUCACUGACAACAGCAACUUGUGCUAUUAUCAUACCAUUAACUGGACAACACUCUUCAGCACAAUCAACCAAAGAAUAGUAAUCCGGGACAAUAGAAAAGCUGAAAACUGUACUGCUGAAGGAAUGGUGUGCAACCAUCUGUGUUCCAGUGACGGCUGUUGGGGACCUGGGCCAGACCAAUGUCUGUCGUGUCGCCGCUUCAGUAGAGGAAGGAUCUGCAUAGAGUCUUGUAACCUCUAUGAUGGUGAAUUUCGGGAGUUUGAGAACGGCUCCAUCUGUGUGGAGUGUGACCCUCAGUGUGAGAAGAUGGAAGAUGGUCUCCUCACAUGUCAUGGACCGGGUCCUGACAACUGUACAAAGUGCUCUCAUUUUAAAGAUGGCCCAAACUGUGUGGAAAAAUGUCCAGAUGGCUUACAGGGGGCAAACAGUUUCAUUUUCAAGUAUGCUGAUCCAGAUCGGGAGUGUCAUCCAUGCCAUCCAAACUGCACCCAAGGGUGUAAUGGUCCCACUAGUCAUGACUGCAUUUACUACCCAUGGACGGGCCAUUCCACUUUACCACAACAUGCUAGAACUCCCCUGAUUGCGGCUGGAGUAAUUGGUGGGCUCUUCAUUCUGGUCAUUGUUGGUCUGACAUUUGCUGUUUAUGUUAGAAGGAAGAGCAUCAAAAAGAAAAGAGCCUUGAGAAGAUUCUUGGAAACAGAGUUGGUGGAACCUUUAACUCCCAGUGGCACAGCACCCAAUCAAGCUCAACUUCGUAUUUUGAAAGAAACUGAGUUGAAGAGGGUAAAAGUCCUUGGCUCAGGUGCUUUUGGAACAGUUUAUAAAGGCAUUUGGGUACCUGAAGGAGAAACUGUGAAGAUUCCUGUGGCUAUUAAGAUUCUUAAUGAGACAACUGGUCCCAAGGCAAAUGUGGAGUUCAUGGAUGAAGCUCUGAUCAUGGCAAGUAUGGAUCAUCCACACCUAGUCCGGUUGCUGGGUGUGUGUCUGAGCCCAACCAUCCAGCUGGUUACUCAACUUAUGCCCCAUGGCUGCCUGUUGGAGUAUGUCCACGAGCACAAGGAUAACAUUGGAUCACAACUGCUGCUUAACUGGUGUGUCCAGAUAGCUAAGGGAAUGAUGUACCUGGAAGAAAGACGGCUCGUUCAUCGGGAUUUGGCAGCCCGUAAUGUCUUAGUGAAAUCUCCAAACCAUGUGAAAAUUACAGAUUUUGGACUAGCCAGACUCUUGGAAGGAGAUGAAAAAGAAUACAAUGCUGAUGGAGGAAAGAUGCCAAUUAAAUGGAUGGCUCUGGAGUGUAUACAUUACAGGAAAUUCACCCAUCAGAGUGACGUUUGGAGCUAUGGAGUUACUAUAUGGGAACUGAUGACCUUUGGAGGAAAACCCUAUGAUGGAAUUCCAACGCGAGAAAUCCCUGAUUUAUUAGAGAAAGGAGAACGUUUGCCUCAGCCUCCCAUCUGCACAAUCGACGUUUACAUGGUCAUGGUCAAAUGUUGGAUGAUUGAUGCUGACAGUAGACCUAAAUUUAAGGAACUGGCUGCUGAGUUUUCAAGGAUGGCUCGAGACCCUCAAAGAUACCUAGUUAUUCAGGGUGAUGAUCGUAUGAAGCUUCCCAGUCCAAAUGACAGCAAGUUCUUUCAGAAUCUCUUGGAUGAAGAGGAUUUGGAAGAUAUGAUGGAUGCUGAGGAGUACUUGGUCCCUCAGGCUUUCAACAUCCCACCUCCCAUCUAUACUUCCAGAGCAAGAAUUGACUCGAAUAGGAGUGAAAUUGGACACAGCCCUCCUCCUGCCUACACCCCCAUGUCAGGAAAUCAGUUUGUAUACCGAGAUGGAGGUUUUGCUGCAGAACAAGGAGUGUCUGUGCCCUACAGAGCCCCAACAAGCACAAUUCCAGAAGCUCCUGUUGCACAGGGUGCUACAGCUGAGAUUUUUGAUGACUCCUGCUGUAAUGGCACCCUACGCAAGCCAGUGGCACCCCAUGUCCAAGAAGACAGUAGCACCCAGAGGUACAGCGCUGACCCCACCGUGUUUGCCCCAGAACGGAGCCCACGAGGAGAGCUGGAUGAGGAAGGUUACAUGACUCCUAUGCGAGACAAACCCAAACAAGAAUACCUGAAUCCAGUGGAGGAGAACCCUUUUGUUUCUCGGAGAAAAAAUGGAGACCUUCAAGCAUUGGAUAAUCCCGAAUAUCACAGUGCAUCCAAUGGUCCACCCAAGGCCGAGGAUGAGUACGUGAAUGAGCCGCUGUACCUCAACACCUUUGCCAACGCCUUGGGAAAAGCUGAGUACCUGAAGAACAAUGUACUGUCUGUGCCAGAGAAGGCCAAGAAAGCGUUUGACAACCCUGACUACUGGAACCACAGCCUGCCACCUCGGAGCACCCUUCAGCACCCAGACUACCUGCAGGAGUACAGCACAAAAUAUUUUUAUAAACAGAAUGGGCGGAUCCGGCCUAUUGUGGCAGAGAAUCCGGAAUACCUCUCUGAGUUCUCCCUGAAGCCAGGCACUGUGCUGCCGCCUCCACCUUACAGACACCGGAAUACUGUGGUGUAAGCUCAGUUGUGGUUUUUAGGUGGAGAGACACACCCGCUCCAAUUUCCCGACCCCCUGUCUUUCUCUGGUGGUCUUCCUUCUACCCCAAGGCCAGUAGUUUUGACACUUCCCAGUGGAAGAUAGAGAUGCAAUGAUAGUUAUGUGCUUAUCUAACUUGAACAUUAGAGGGGAAGACUGAAAGAGAAAGAUAGGAGGAACCACAAUGUUUCUUCAUUUCUCUGCAUGGGUUGGUUGGGAGAAUGAAACAGCUAGAGAAGGACCAGAAAAUGUAAGGCAAUAGUGCCUGCUAUCAAACUAGCUGUCACUUUUUUUUUCUUUCUUUUUCUUAAUUCCUUUUUUUUUUUUUUUUUUUUUAAGCAGAUGGUUGAAACACCCAUGCUAUCUGUUCCUAUCUGCGGGAACUGAUGUGUGCAUAUUUAGCAUCCCUGGAAAUCAUAAUAAAGUUUCCAUUAGAAUAAAAGAAUAACAUUUUCUCUAACAUAUGAUAGUGUCUGAAAUUGAGAAUCCAGUCUCUUUCCCCAACAGUUUCUGUCCUGGAAAGUAAGAAUGGCCAACUCAACCUUCAUAAUUUAAAAAUCUCCAUCAAAGUUAUAACUAGUAAUUAUGUUUCGAAGCCUUUUUGGUUGUUUUCAUUUUGUUUUGCUCUGACCAAUUCCUUUAUAUUUGCUCCCCAAUUUUUGGCUUUAAUUUCUAAUUGCAAAGAUGUUUAUAUCAAAGCUUCUUCACAGAAUUUAAGAAAUAUUUUAAUAUAGUGAAAUGGCCACUACUUUAAAUAUACGAUCUUUAAAAUAAGAAAGGGAGGCUAAUAUUUUUAUUUUAGCUCUCAUUUUUCAUGCUAUCAUAUUAUCUUCACCCUCAUCCUUUACAUUUUUCAACAUUUUUUUCUCCAUAAAUGACACUACUUGAUAUGCCAUUGGUUGUCUGAAGAGUAGAAGGGAAACUGAGAGACAGUUCUGUGUGAUUCAAGAAAACUACUGAUACUUUCAGGGUUGGUCCGAUGAGAGAAUCUAUUGAACUGGAAGAAACACACUGGAUUGGGUAUGUCUACCUGGCAGAUACUCAGAAAUGUAGUUUGCACUUAAGCUGUAAUUUUAUUUGUUCUUUUUCUGAACUCCAUUUUGGAUUUUGAAUCAAGCAAUAUGGAAGCAACCAGCAAAUUAACUAAUUUAAGUACAUUUUCUUUUAAAAAAAGAGCUAAGAUAAAGACUGUGGAAACGCCAAACCAAGCAAAUUAGGAACCUUGCAAUGGUAUCCAGGGACUAUGAUGAGAGGCCAGCACAUUAUCUUCAUAUAUCACCUUUGCUACGCAAGGAAAUUUGUUCAGUUCGUAUACUUCAUAAGAAGGAAUGCGAGUAAGGAUUGGCUUGAAUUCCAUGGAAUUUCUAGUAUGAGACUCUAUUUAUAUGAAGUAGAAGGUAACUCUUUGCACAUAAAUUGGUAUAAUAAAAAGAAAAACACAAAUAUUCUAAGCUUAUGGAUAGGUCCUUGGGUCAAAAGUUGUAAAUAUAUGUGAAAAAUCUUCUC